ACGGGCAUCAGGUAAGGUGGAGAAUGAAGCAAAUCGAUACUAAUCAAACGGUUAAAAUCCCAAAGGGAUUGACUGUUACCGUCAAGUCCCGUCUGGUAACGGUGAAAGGACCAAGAGGUGUAUUGAAACGAUCCUUCAAGCACCUUGCGCUUGACAUUCGUAUGAUCAGCCCAAGGUUACUGAAGGUAGAAAAAUGGUCCGGUACGAAAGAAGAAUUAGCUGCUGUUCGUACCGUGUGCUCGCAUAUCGAGAAUAUGCUUAAAGGCGUAACAAAGGGCUACCAAUAUAAAAUGCGAGCUGUAUACGCCCACUUUCCUAUCAAUUGCGUGACUACGGAGAAUAAUACAGUUAUAGAAAUCCGUAACUUUUUGGGCGAGAAAUUCAUACGCCGUGUCAAAAUGGCACUAGGUGUGACUGUCGCAAAUUCCGGCAAACAGAAGGACGAGUUGAUCAUAGAAGGAAAUUCCUUGGAGGACGUAUCUCGUUCAGCUGCUCUCAUUCAACAGUCAACGACGGUAAAGAAUAAGGAUAUUAGAAAGUUUUUGGAUGGACUUUACGUGUCCGAAAAAACAACAGUUGUAAAAGAUGAUGAAUAAAUUCUUCAAUAUAUGACUGGACAAUAGAA